AUGAGUUCAUUACAAAUCCUAUGCUUGUUAUGGUUACAACUCCAAAUCCCACAAAUUCAUGCAAAUAUCAGCCACAACAGUAUUCAUAAGGUGAAAACAGAGGUUUUCUUGUCACCCAAAUUUGAACUGGAGCCUGGACAGGUCUCCAACAAAUACUAUGUCGACGUCGAUUUUCCACGCGGACACCUCGGCUUGAAGAGCGUCGAUGCAGAGGUUGUCGACGAGGCGGGAAAACCGGUCCCGCUUCAUGAGACGUACCUCCAUCAUUGGGUCCUCCUGAGGUACUACCUGCGUGAAGAAGACGCUGCAGGAAAUGACCAUACUGAUUUCGGAGAUAAUAUCCCUAUCAAGAACAGUGACAUCUGUGAUAACGGGCUGACACAGUAUUACGGGAUCGGGGCCGAGACCCGAAAAACAGCCACUUAUGUUCCGGAUCCGUACGCAGUCGAAAUCGGAAAUCCAGCCGACGUUCCGGGAGGGUACAAGGAAGGGUGGGUGCUGAACGUGCACGCCAUCGACACGCGUGGGGCCCGGGAUAAAUUGGGAUGUACCGAGUGCAGGUGUGAUUUGUACAAUGUGACGGUGCCCGGAAACUACAAGGGUGGCGUGAGCUGUUGUUAUGAUGAGUCGAGGUGUGAGGUCGAACAAGGGUUUCAUGGCGCGAAGAAGAGCUUGUACUUGAGGUACACGGUGAAGUACGUUGAGUGGGACCAAUUGUCGUUCGUGCCUGUCAUGAUCUACAUACUCGAUGUGGCGGAUGUUUGGACAAGGGCCGAUGAGUCGAGUGGGGCUAAGGAUAGGCACAAUUGUGCAGUCGAAUACGACAUCGAUUCUUGUCCAACUGACGUUGCGAAAAACGGCGGCUGCAUUCAUUCAAAGAUAGUUACAGUUAGUUUGCCAGCCGGUGGUGACGUUAUUUACGGAGUCGGGCACCAGCAUGCCGGAGCCACUGCGAUAGCUUUGUAUGGAGAGGGAGGAAGAGUGAUAUGCUCGUCAAACCCAAUAUACGGACAAGGGAACGAGCCAGGUGACGAGGCCGGCUAUGUUGUGGGGAUGUCCACGUGUUACCCCUCACCCGGUUCGGUCAAGAUCUCGAAUGGGGAGAAACUGACUCUUGUCUCAAACUACAGCAACGACCAAAGUCAUACAGGCGUCAUGGGGCUUAUGUAUAUCCUAGUGGCUCAUUCAUCGGACAAAGGACACAAACUUGCCCUUCGUGCUCCACUCCAAGCGCUCGAGACUAUGAUAACGUCCAAAUUUGUUUGGUCGAUAGCUCUCGUUGGAUUUGCACUCGUUCUGGCUCUGGCUGUCAUGUUUUUUGUGUUGAAAGGUAGGGAGGGAAGAGAUUAUGGUUAUGAGGCUAUGAUAUGA